CAAACAUCUAAAGGAUGGAAGAAGAGCUGUGUAACAAUGUUGUUUGCAAUAAACACAUUGUUUCUUGGCAGAAUGAGAACAAAGAGGAAAAAAACAGUGGAUGAUUCAGUAAAGGAUAAGGGCAAUUCACCCACUCAACAAAGUCCUGCCACAGGAAUGGACAACAGCCCUGCGCCCCACUCUCAGCCCUGUCAUGGUGUGGCAGUGUGUCUGGGGGUUCUUUUUGUCCUCUUGGUUUCAGCCAUCGUAGGCCUCAGUGUCUUCAGCACUGAACUCUCAGAGCAAAAUCAGUAUCUGAGUACAGCCAAAGAAGAGUUGACACAAGAAAGAGACAGACUGAAGACAAAUCUUCAGGUCAUAUAUCAGCUUCAUGAUUUUCCUGUCAAUCAAUAUUGUUCCAAAACAAAUGGAAAUGUGACAAAGUGCAACCCAUGUAAAGUUGGUUGGAUGUUAUUCCAAUCUAGUUGUUACCUGAUUUUAUUCUCUGAUGCACCAUGGAAGAACUGGACUGAAAGCAGAGAGGAUUGUAAAAAAAGAGAAUCAGAUUUGGUUGUUAUUAGCAGUCAACCUGAACAGGAAUUUAUUUCCAACCAAACACAAUCCUACUAUGAUGUAUUUCAUGGGUACUGGAUCGGCUUGUCUUACCAAGCUAACAAUCAGUCAUGGAUGUGGGUUGAUGGAAGUGUUCAGGGUCUGGAUAAAGGGUUUUGGAUACAUUCUGCACAGAUUCAGAAUACUUGCGUGUUAACCAUCCCAACAAAUAAAACGUUGGCUAACUGGAACACUCCAGGGUGCUAUAUGCAGAACCGUUGGAUCUGUGAGAGUACAGCCUUAAACUGGUCAUAUUAAACAUUACGCUUAAUUCAGGCUAAAUUGAGCAGUCCUUUUAUUUGGCUGGUUUUACUAUAGUCAAGAUUAACCAUUGUAAAGAUAAAUGUUCAUAUAGCAUUUUGUUGCAUAAUUUCUGAACCAACUAUUAAAUUUUCCUGUUUUCUUUUUCUUAUGAAAAUUGACCACGUAUAACAAGCUAUGUCAAUAUUUUUGCAUUGUAAGAUUAGAAAAUUAAAAUGAUCAAUUCCACAAACUUUAAAAUGUACAGUAUGAACU